AUGGGGAAAAGAACGGCUUUCGAGGCCAAUACCAAGAGCGCGCAUUCUGAUCGCGACUCCAAGCGCCAAAGAGUCGACCACACGGCAGAGCGCAACUCACCACGACCGAAUGGCAGCGCUGAAGAAGUCACGUCGGCGCGCGACUUACAAAAUGCCCUGUUCUUCGACCAAAGCUCUUCGGGCGACUUUCGAAGUGGCCUGAGUUUAUUCAAGCGUUUCCUCGACUCCAUCCUCUACCCGACCGAUGAGCACGACCUGCCCCGCAAGCGAGCCAUACUUCGCGAGUACCUGGACACACAAAAAGGAAGAGGACGGGAUGAACAGGACAAGUCCUUUCUGCAGAACCUCACCCAGGGGUGGGAUCAUGCUGUGGAAACCAACUACAGUGCGAUUGUCUCGCAGGUAACAGCUGUGCUUGCGCUCCUGUUCAAGGUCUUUGCCAGCCACGGUGAUUUCCUCGAGUACGGCACACUUCUUGCCAAGACACUCCUGCAGCCAUCCAUCGCUCGCCGUUUUGUCCGUAGUACAUCGGCAGCACCCAAAGAGGACAAUGUCAUUGCGCCGGCAUUGCGAUUGCUUACUGAGCUUGUACGCUUCAACGAGGGUGCGCAUGCAAGAGCCGUCUACGCGAAGAGGGACUUUACACUUGAGCCCAAAAUACUUGGAAGGAACAUCAAUCUUGGAAGAGAGCAGUCGGCGGCGGACCAUGUCAAGAAACCAAGCAUUCGCACGACAGCCAUCAGGUAUCUGCUAACGCACCUGAGGUAUCAGGACGAGCGGGCAAAGAGCGAGAUCUUAUCAAACACCAACGUUGUCCGUGCUGUCUUCGAUCAUAUCCGCGCAGACCCGCCUUUCCUCAUCUACGAGAUACUCGAUGUGUUCAAAAGCCAUGUUUUCCAGGACAAGGCUAUCGCGAGACACACAAAGAGCAGGAUCUUGAACGGAAAGGCACUCUCUCGCAUAGCUAGUCUGUACAGUUACGAGGUGGAGGAAGGCUCCCUCUCGGAAGGACAAAAGGCACCUGAUCAGCUUGCGCAUGACUUCCUUCGCCUGGUCUGUACAGAUCCUGCCUAUGGUGUUAUGCUGCCUACACAAGGCUUCUAUCCGUCAACCUUCGAUGACGACGAGGGCGAACAAGACGAUGCCGCUGAUUACGGCAAUGAUCUGGGCCUCGAGUCAGUUGACAACUAUAGCAAGACUCCCAAAGUGCGGAACGUCAUUCUCUCUGAGUUUAUACAAAGUCAAAGACCAUACGCAAAUACCCUUCACCAAGAGCUUGUUGUUGACAUCUUCCGAGCCUGUCCCGAGCUGGUUGCAGAUUACUUCAUCAAGCGACGCGACUUUAGCUACGAUCCCAAGCUCACCUCGACAUGGAUAGGAUACUCUGCUUUCCUUUAUCAAGCUAUCCAGCUCCCCGUGCCCAAGUACUUCGGUGCGAAGAGAAGCUUCCGCGACCACCCACCUCCAGUACCCGUGCUGAUGAACAGCAUCUUGCCACAACCACUGAACCAGCAAGUUCUUACCAAAUGUCUCAACCACAAUUCCGAUCUUAUCCAGUUGUUCGCUAUCCGCGUCCUGAUAGUAGCGCUUCAGAAGCUGCAAGCCGUUCUUGGAGAGCUCAACGAUGCCGGUGCUACCAGAUCUUCCAAGCAAUGGAACCAAGCAGCUAAGCGUCUGAUCUCAGAAGUCAGUCGGCGUUGCCCACCCAUUCGCACUGUGUUCUUGGUGCUUAAGAAGCCGGGUCUGAAAGACAUGAAGCGAGAGUCAAUUACCAGAUUACUGCGGCUUUACUACGAAGCCACACCCCAGGUUGCGCUACAAGAGAAAUUCGACGUGUCGGUACCGCUAUGCAAUGCGCUAGUGGAGGCCGACAAGCCUACAGCAUCACCUGAAGAUAAAGUCUUCCGUAUUAUGGAGCUUGAACACUGGAUACAGAUAGCAAAGCUUUCGCCUGCUAUGCGAUGGUGGCAAAAGCAGAAAUCACUCCAGUACUCACCGUUUGUGACGCUUCUUAAGCUGCUGGUAACGGCGAAAGAGAGUGAACUGUAUACAGGUAUCAGAUCCUUGUUAAGUGACAUCUUGCACGACCAGGAAAUGCUGCAGACGAAAACUUCACCCGAUGCGCUUGAUGCUCUUAUCGCAAGCUUGGGGUCUACCUCUGGGUCGGCCACACCAUCCUGCGACGUCCUGGGGUUUCUAGAUGACUGCUGUGCGCGGUUCACCAAAGUACCUAUCAAAUACUUCGAUGACCUGGAUGCCAUGCGUAAACGUACUGGGCAACCUGCAAGCAGCCUUGGCCCCUUCAGCACAUUGUUGAUGACUUUGGUGGAACAGUGGCCAUUCAAGGGUGGGGAAACGUCAGUAGGUACUACGGCGGAUACCAUCGCGCAAUGGUUGUCGAGACUUCUAUAUCUCCUCAAGUUGAUUGGCGAAGACGAGACGCAACUAGAGCAUGUACGCAAUGCUUUAGUAGAGUCUGCGAGCAUGGCAUACAAAGAAGUCUUGAAGGAUGCGUUUCUGUGGAAAAUGGGCAAGGAAAGAGCCAAGGAGGCCUUGAAGCUGGCAACUGGAGCAGAUUUCAGUGGCUCGGAAAGAUCCUCGACAUCGCCGGUCCCCAGGCCCACGGAAGAGACUGAGCAGCAAGGCAAGUCUAGAUCUGCUAUCGACCUGGAGGCGCCGCCUGUGGAAGACGAAAAGCAUACCGGACUUACACGAUGGAGGAAAAAGGAGCUUGGCGAAGCUCUUGAUGAUGGAGAUAUUGGAGAACUACUAUUGUGCCUCUGCUCUGAGCACACGGAAAUUCGCAUACAAGCCAUCAACAACAUUCGACAACUCACGGUGACAAUACAAUCCAGCAAUCGUCAUGUACCCGGAAAGGACGAGACCGCUGCAGGACAACAAGGAAGCAAUAUGGACUCUGAACUCCAGCAACUCUAUCUCCUCCUCGGCGAGCUUCUGGAAUCGGUGGACUUGACUGGUGCCGAAGCUUUCCCGUACGUUGGUGGCGUGCUGGCCGCUCGUUGUGCGGGUAUUGUGGCGGAUCCCACGCACUCUCUCUUCAGCACAGUGAACAAAUUCCUCACCACCGCCCCAGCCUGGGAUGUUAGCUCUCUACUACGCUUCUUUUGGCAUCGCAUCGUUGCCAGCCAACCUGACGACGACACAACGUAUCACAAGGAAGUGGACUGGUACUUUGACUAUCUCAUGGACAGCCUGCGGACGCCUGCAGAUAUGGAGCUGUUCCGGAGGAGCAACAUAUUUGAGCAGUUGCUGACUCAUUAUGGAUCACGAUCGUGUCCAGCUUCGGCGAAGGACAAGAUUGUGAGGCUGCUGCUGCGAGCAACACAUGUAGGAGGCAGUACAACGCUCAUCACAAGAUGUGGGCUUAUCCCAUGGAUCCAGAUGAUGCUCGAUGGCUACGAUCCGCGACACCGUGCACUGAAGACACUAGCAGGACGUGUCUAUGAAACAAUGCGGGGGCCUACCUAUUCGGAGGCUGACCUGUUGGCUCUGAAGGAGUCUCCACUAGUCAAGAAGCCUGAUGGACUGCCUUCAAUCUCACAAUGGAUGGACGUGCCUGCCGACCAAAGCACCAACAAUGGCCAUGCCAACAAUAAUAACGGCACUAUGCGUCGCACUCGGGGCGCUCGAGACGGAGAAGGGGCCACGCCAAAUGAGCAGCGGCCGCUGAUCAACCCCAUGGGCCAGUUCGGUCGGCGUCAGAGCAUGCGUAAGUCUUCUGAUGUUCAGGGCAUCAAGGCCGCUAUUGACGCGCUUUUUGUAGAACCUGGCGAAGAGACGGUGCUUGGCCCGCCAAAGUUAGCCUUCUUGUCAGCACGCACGCCGGCCAAGGGAACGGGCGAUGCAAAGGAACGCACAGGUUUCACUUCUACAGACGGAGACAAUGUUGGCGACCGCUUCCCAAAGAACGAUCGGUGGACGCGGGACCGCGAAACCGACCGCAACCGAGACAAGGGCUACACCAACGGCCGUCGCGUUCCCCGAGAGGACGGUGAGGGCUGGACCAACGUCAAGGGACGCAAGAGUCUGGGUCAGGAGGACUUUGAGCGUUUUCACCGUAACGGCGACCGCAAUCGCGACAAGCAUGAGGGUGACCCUGAGAUGGACGUAGCCCCGCGCCGUGGCAAUCGCGAGCGCAACGAACCGCGUUGGGGUCGCCGUGAUGACAAGGAUGAGGGUGUCAAGACUGGUGUACAGGGCGGCUGGCGUGAACGCGACCGAGAUCGAGAACGGGACAAUGGCCGUGAGUGGAACAGAGGUGGCAAUCGUGUGGGCGGAGAAGAAGACCCAGAAUGGAUGGACACCAAGGUCGAGAAAAAGGAGUUCAAGCCUCGUACACAAGAGGAUUUCCAGCGCUGGAAGGAGCAGAUGAGGGCCAAGGACACGCCAGCUGGCGAAAAGGACGAAUCUAGAGAGGUACCAGUCGAGACAUCUACGGCCAUUUCCAUCACCGCUCCGCCCAUGCUGACCGCCCCUCUGCACACGCCUUCUGGAGCGGAGCCUACACAGGGCAUUCUCUUCGGCAACUGGGGUAGAGACAAGUCAGCGGAUAUCCCACCAGUAGAGACCAUCUCGGCGAAACCCAAGCCUGACAAGAAAUCGAGGUUCAUGACCAUGUUUGCAAAACCAGAAGAACAAGCAGCAUCUGGCCAAGCUCCAGCUCCAGCACCUGCGUCCCCAGCACCAGCCAUGGAGGCGAACGCUGACAAGGAAGGUUUCCAGCGCAUUCUCCAGAUGCUUGGUCAAGUCAGUACAGGCCCGUCUCCAGGACCUCAACCUCCAACAACGAUGCCCACACCGCCAAAUGGUAUGAGGCACGGUGGAGGUAUCUCAUUAGACUUCCACCAGCAAUCGCCGCCGCCGGACCCGCAACAUGGUAGACCACCACCAAGGACACUCGAACAGCAGAGCAUAUUGGAGAACAUCCUGGCUCCACGCGCUGGCCCACCCGAAUCUCGGCCUCCACAGCAAUCGCGCUUCAGCAGCAUGUCGCCUGAGAAUGCAAUGUCUGAUCAAUUCAGACCUCCACGCCCCGAUUCUAGUCACCCAGAUGAUCACUUUCCCCAUCAGCCUCCGCCGCAACGCAAUGGUCCCCAAGACGCAAACCUUGCGGCUCUGUUGAACAGUCGUGCACGUGAGGAAUCACAGCGUGACCAGGCGACAAAGCAGCGCGAGCGUGACUUCCUGCUGAAUCUGAUGCAACAACCUUCUCGUGGUACACCACCUCAAGUGCAGGGUCAUAAUUUACCUCGCCCGACCCAGGAAGGUCAUAACAUGCCCUUCUUCGAUCAGCAAAGACAGCAGCCUCAGAUUCCGGCUCAGCACCAACCAAAAGGCAGAGGUGGUCUGCCUCCCGGCUUCAUGGAAGACCCUCGCAUGUUUUCAGAGAAUGACAUGAUGCGUCGUGAUGCAGCCGACCGCCAACUGGAGCUUCAACAUAUGCAACGAUUACAACAACAGCAACAGGAGGCCAUGCGAGGAAAGAAUCAACGCAUGCCAAUGGGAUACCCCACCCCCGAGGAUCCACUUAUGGGCCUUCAGCGCCGUAACACCGGAGGCGACCCUCGCAUGCCGACCAAUAUGGGUAUUCCUUCGCAGCCUGUACCGGACAUGCCGUACAUGGGCGGACGCGGUCAACCAGGAAUGCCGCCAACACCCCAGGAACGACCAAACAUCGCUCCUCCACCCGGUUUUGGUGGUCCAAUGCGUCAGCCACCUGGCCUUAAUGGUCCCAAUGGUCAACAAAUGGGCCCUGGACCGAGUUUCUCAGCAGGCAACACACCACUUGGCCAUCUCCCUGGCUUCCCGCCUGCCGGCAAUAUCCGCGGAUUGGGCUUUCCAGGCGGACCCGGAGGACCUGGUGGUAAUGGCAUGCAGGGUCCGCCAGGCUACUUCCCACCUCCUGGGUAUGGUGUACCUCCAAUGCCUGGCAUGCGAGGAGGUGAAGACCCACGUAUGAUGUUCGAUGGCCAAUUCAGUGGGCCUCCCCGCCAGCAGCCCGGUCGUCCUGGACCACCCAACAUGUACUAG